AGGCGAACGAUACCAAAGUUCGGGCCCUAUUUGCUGCUGCAGACGCUGGGCGAGGGGGAGUUCGGCAAGGUCAAGCUUGGCUUGCACAUACAGUAUGGCGAAGAGGUCGCGGUUAAACUGAUUCGGAGGGGGAAUAUCGACACGACCGUUCGCAUGUCGAAGGUCGAGCGGGAGAUUGAGGUCUUGCGGUCGCUCAAACACCCAAAUAUUGUCCGUCUCUACGACGUCAUUGAGACAGACAAGUACAUUGGCAUUAUCCUGGAAUACGCGUCUGGUGGUGAGCUGUUCGACCACAUCCUCGCCCACCGAUACCUCCGGGAGAAGGACGCAUGCAAGCUCUUCUCGCAGUUGAUCUCGGGUGUUUGGUACAUUCACCAGAAGAAAAUCGUGCAUCGCGAUCUGAAGCUGGAGAAUCUGCUUUUGGAUCGACACCGGAACGUCAUUAUCACUGACUUUGGAUUUGCCAACCGAUUCGAACAUCGCGCCGAUGAUCUCAUGCAGACCAGCUGUGGUUCUCCCUGCUAUGCAGCUCCAGAGCUUGUUAUCUCAGACGGCUUGUAUGUCGGCUCUGCGGUUGAUAUCUGGUCCUGCGGGGUGAUACUGUAUGCCAUGCUAGCUGGCUACCUGCCCUUCGACGAUGACCCGGCCAAUCCAGACGGAGACAAUAUCAACCUGCUGUACAAGUAUAUUGUCAACACCGCUCUUUCUUUCCCCGACUACAUCUCC